AUGCGCAUGCUCGAGAGCGCAUGGAGCAAUGUCACCAAGGCAACAAUUGCCAACUGUUGGAAGCAUGCGAAGAUCUGUCCCAACAAGACAUCGACAGCCGAUGUUACGCAAGCAGCGUGGGAUGUGAUUCUGACAUUUGCACGCUCGGAGUCCAUGUCUUUGCCUCAGGCCGAGCAGGCACUUGAACACAUUCUGGGGACGGAUUAUCAUCCAAAAGAUUGGCAGCCUGCACUGGACGCUGUCAUGAUUUGCGAGGGCGACAGCUUCCAGGCCGAAUCUGCCAUUCAAAAACUCAUGCCGAGCGAGGAAACCGUCUCUCCCGAGUCAGCAUCUCCAUCCUCGGGCUCAUCCCCAAUUCAGCACAAACAGUUUCCCGUUGAUCGGCACAUGCGAAAAGCAGAAGAAGCUCUUUCGGAGACUUUGAAGGACAUGUCCAAAUGCCACUGCAUCCGCGGACCUGCACCUUCACUCGACAAUAUCCUGAAUCCGCUCAUUGAGCAACAAGACCCCGGUACAGCGAUUCUGGGCUUUUCUGACGGAGACAACACCACCGAAGUGCUCGAGCACAUGGAGAAUUUGGACAAAGAAGAGCUUGAGGCUGUCAAGGAAGAAAACGAGCCGGAAUUUGAGUUUGAUCGAAAGGAAGCCAUGGCGGCGGCGGAGCUUCUUGAACGGAUUGCACGAAACCGACCUGAUCUCGACUCGAGGCUCACUCUGGGCACCCAACUUCGGUCUCUUCGCUUGGCUCUCUCAAAGGAGGUCGAGGAUGGUAAGAAGCAAACGGAAAUCAGUCAAUACUUCAAAUAG